UGGCCGUUCCCGUCGAUCUCCUUCUUUUUGUUCCUUUGCCUUCAUCAGCCAAAAAUAUAAAUACGAAUUGUUCAAUUUUCUUUUCAAGACCAAUCCUCCAUUCUCUUUUAAGGAACCACACUUGCGAACCCUAGUUCGAAUGUUGGAUACAAAAUUCGGUUUCCCUCCCUCCUCUUCCCCCGCAGCCGCGCCCCCAUCCCGAGCCCCGGCCACAGCCGCAGCGCCGAAUCCCAAGCGGAGGAGGAGAGAGGGCGAGGGCGACGCCGACGCCGAGGCGGACAUGAGGGAGGAGGCGGUGGAGCGGCUGCGCGGGGUGGUGCGGGACAGCGUCGGGAAGCACCUCUACACGUCCGCCAUCUUCCUCGCGGACAAGGUGGCCGCGGCCACGGGCGACCCCGCCGACGUCUACAUGCUCGCCCAGGCGCUCUUCCUCGGCCGCCACUUCCGCCGCGCUCUCCACGUGCUCAACAACUCCCGCCUCCUUCGCGAUCUGCGCUUCCGGUUCCUCGCCGCCAAGUGCCUCGAGGAGUUGAAAGAAUGGCACCAGUGUUUGAUGAUGCUCGGGGAUGCCAAAGUUGACGAACAUGGCAAUGUUCUUGAUCAGGAUGAUGGCAGUGACAUAUAUUUUGAUAAGGAUGCAGAAGAUCACGAGAUCAAUAUCAAAUCAGCUAUAUGUUUCUUACGUGGCAAGGCGUAUGAAGCACUGGAUAAUCGUGAUCUUGCUCGGCAAUGGUACAAGGCAGCAGUUAAAGUUGAUCCAUUAUGUUAUGAGGCUCUUGAAUGCCUUGUUGAUAACUACAUGUUAACAUGCGAGGAAGAAUCUGAGUUAUUGGCCUCUCUGAAAUUCGGGAAAGAAGACGGGUGGCUGUCAGCAUUCUACUCAUGUUUGAUUAGGAAGCAUGAAAAAGAAUAUGUAGUGGAAGCAAAAUUCAAGGAACUUGAACGCGGAUCUAGCAGUAUUUGUAUUUCUUCAAGUUCUGGUCAAAUGAUGAAAAAUAACAUCGAUGUUUUGGCUUGCAAAGCUGAAUACUACCAUCAGAGUGGAGAAUACCAAAAAUGUUUUGAGCUCACAUCUGUUUUACUUGAAAGAGAUCCGUUUCAUUUAAAAAGCACAUUAGUGCAUUUGGCUGCUGCUAUGGAGCUUGGGCAUUCCAAUGAUCUUUAUCUCUUGUCAUGCAAUUUAGUUAAGGACUAUCCUCAAAAGGCUAUCUCCUGGUUUGCUGUGGGGUGCUAUUACUACUGCAUUAAGAAGUAUGAUCAAGCAAGGAGAUACUUUGGCAAAGCUACAGGGUUAGAUGGCACAUUCCCUCCUGCUUGGAUUGGUACUGGUAUUGCUUAUGCUGCUCAAGAGGAGGGUGACCAGGCAAUGGCUGCAUUUAGGACAGCAGCUAGACUAUUUCCUGGAUGUCAUCUCCCAGCUUUAUACAUGGGUAUGCAAUACGUGCGAAUGCAUAAUUUCAAACUUGCGGAGCAGUUCUUCAUGCAAGCAAAGUCCAUUUGUCCAUCUGAUCCACUUAUAUAUAACGAGCUGGGCGUUGUAGCUUAUAAUAUGAAAGAGUAUCAAAAUGCAGUUCAGUGGUUUGAGUUAACACUGACUCAUACUUCAUCCUCCUCGAAUGAAAUGUGGGAACCAACAAUGGUGAAUCUUGGACACGCACUGCGGAAACUGAAGCAAUAUGAAAAAGCAAUAUCAUAUUAUGAAAAGGCGCUCACUUUUCCAACAAAAACUCUGAGUGCAUUUUCUGGUCUUGCUUAUACUUACCAACUUAUGGAUGAUUUUGAAGCUGCCAUAACUUACUACCACAAGGCUCUAUGGUUGAAACCAGACGACCAGUUUUGCACUGACAUGCUAACAUUAGCUCUCGAGACAAGCUGCCAAAGCAUGGCUCGGAGAAAAUAGUUUAGGCAUGCUAGUUAUCUGUAGUAUGUAACCGCUCUCAAGUUCAUAUGUAACCACCCAAACAGGUUCUGGAUUUGUGGUGCAGUACUGAGUUUUUGCUGAAAUUUCCUAAUGUAGUGUAAAUAUCACAAUCAUUUUUCACAAGUAAUGUUGUCCAUGAA